AUGAGUGACAAGAAAGCGACUAAGAGAAAGCCAUUCCCGACACCCACUGCCAAGUUCAGCCUUGGUCCUCCAAAGCUAGCUAUCAAGCCUAGCAAGUCCAACUCAAAGGCUGCCAAGCCGACGGAUCAGAAGCCAGAGAGGGGAAGCAAACCUCCCAAGGGCUCCACGCCUGUGGUGAUUGCAGACUCAGACUCCUCCAAGGACGAUGACGCUAUCGAGUCUGAUGCCGAAACUCCUACUUUACGCAGGCUUCACGUCGUCAAGCGUGCUGCACCACAGGUCCCCUCAUCCGCUUCCAAGAGGCUGAAGAGCGAUGGUCUCCUGAUGUCUUCGACCCUUGCCGACACACCGGCGGUCCAUACUGCCUCUGAGCCUAUCGCUCGUGCCCCUAGGUUUGCCAAGCGUCAUGAAGUUGCAUGCCGUGAGUGUAUCGACAAAUGGCGGACUGACUCUUCAUGGGUUUGUAUGAUGACUGAGUCUGGUAAGAGGCCUUGUGUCAGUUGCGAGAUUGAUGGGCUUAGAUGCUCGGAUGAUAUGCUCGAGGAUUCUCGCAUGGACGUCCAAAGGGUCCAUGAGAUGGCGGACCGCCAUCGACUGGGUCUCCCCGUGGACCCAGAAGCCUGGAGGACUGGACUAAGUUGCGUGUUGUCAAACGUCGAGACCUUCGACGCUUGGCAGCGAGCAAGGUCGGCUUCCAUGCAAGUGGAGGAGGUCGCCGCCAAGAUUGAGCGACAUAUGAGUAAAGAGAGGGCUGCGCUCAAGGUCCUCAAGGAGGCUCUGGAAGAAGAGAAGUCCAAAAGAAAGAGGCUCGAGGUUCAGGUUAGAGUUAUGCAAACCCAACUUGACGGCCUCGAAGCUGGUAAAGACGGGGACGAUGAGGGUGCUGAGGAGGGCAAUGUUGAUGAGACUUAG